AUGUCUGGAGGUCUCGGAAGUAACAUUUUUUCUCGUCUUCUAUCUGUUUGGAAGUCACUGCGUGGCGAUACUAUGAAGUUCGUCGAUGCGGUGACACAUAACACAUUAAGUAGCGAAUCUACUGAAGGUGCGGAUGAAGUCAAAUUCAAUAUCAACUCGCGAACGGAAUCAUUUAGUACAACUGAUGGUUCUGAUGGAUCGGGAGCGCCGGAUGAGAUUGCUGUUGCACCGUCGGUCAUUAGCUCACCAAGGACAGUUGACAAUGAAAACGAGUUCAUCGUAACUCUCAAACAAGACCAAGAAAGCGCCGAGGAGUCGAAGGAAAACCUCAAUGCUGCAUGUGCAAGCUACCGUACCGAUGUGCCUCUCGAUGAGCUGUUGCAAGUUUCCGUUGGUUUGCACAAUAACCUCGAAAGGAGGGUUGAGCAAAUAUGCGAGACAUUAGCAGAGAAAGGUGUCUCAAUAGAGGCUCCGAAAACUGAACUCCCCGAGACAAUACCCGAGGCUGUGCACGAGGGCUUCGCCAAGGAGAAAGCUUUGACUUUAAAACGUGGCCGUUGUCGUCGUAGUCAACGCAAUUUAUACCCUACUCCUAAACUGGAGGAAACGCGCCCGUCUAAAUUGUCUAAGAAAUCUGACCCGACGGACUUGAAGCAGUUGGACUUAUCAAAAGAAACGCGUCAGCUACUGCAGCUUGAUUCUCCAAGAAAUAAAAGGAAGACAUCGUAG